AUAACUUUCUGACAACAAUGUUCUCCCAGUUAGCUUCUUUGCUCCUUCUCCUCAUACUUGCUGAGUCCAGCAAACUGGUGAGUCUACGCAGAGGUCAAGCACAGCUGGACGGACAUAUCAGGACAGAAGACGUGCUUCAAUCUGUGCUUAAGGACCAGGGCAGAGACCUGACAAGUGUGGACAGCAGGAAAGAAGAUGUAUUUGGAGAUUUUCCUUCUUCAAAGCAAGGAAUUGCAGCUGCAGCAGAGGACGGAGAAGCGUGGGGAGAGCCUGGUGCUCCGUCUAACUUCAGAUCCACACACUUAAUAAGCGAUGGUAAACUGUGGGAUCCCCGCUUCUCUUCUCGAUGUGUGCCAAUCCCUUCCAGCAUGGCCUUGUGCCACAACAUUGGCUAUGACACCAUGCGGAUCCCUAACCUCCUAGGCCAUGAUUCCCCAGCUGAGGCUGUCCAGCAGAGCGCCAGCUGGUUGCCACUGUUGGCCAGAGAGUGCCAUCCAGACGCUCGCAUUUUCCUCUGCUCUCUUUUUUCUCCGAUCUGCCUAGACAGGUUUAUCUCCCCCUGCAGAAGUUUGUGUGAAUCUGUGCGGGACAGUUGUGCCCCAAUCAUGAGUUGCUAUGGCUACCCCUGGCCUGAAAUCCUGCGAUGUGACCAGUAUCCUGCAGACCACCUCGUGUGCAUCUCCUCCAUCACCAACACAACUGCUUACACUGGGGCGCGCGAAAUGCCUCAGGCAAGCUGUCGGGACUGUGAGCUGGAGGAGGCCUCCUCCCCAAAAGAGACACUGGAGACCUUCUGUAGGAAUGAUUUUGUUGUGAAGCUGCGUCUGACGAGGCUUAGGUAUAGUCCAGUAAGUCUAUCUCAGUUCUCAUUGGCUGCUAAGCUGGAUGUCUUAAAGCGCGGGUCUCUACUAGGUGGACAGAUUCGCUCACGCAUUGAACUAUGGCUAGAGAGAGAUGCCACAUGUGUUCGGAACAUGACCCGACAGCAUCCACGAGGCGGCACCUUCCUAGUAACUGGGACAGUCCAGGGGGAACGCCUGGUGGUCAAUAAGGCUUAUGCUUGGCAAAGACAAGACAGAAGCCUCACUGCAGCUGUGCGCAAGUGGAAAAGUCACAGGUGCAGGAACUAACAUCUUGCAGAAUCUUAGAACAUUCUGAGUGUGAGAUCAACCACCCGGGGUGGAUAGAGUUUAGAAGCUUGCCAUAAAGCUACAGCUUUAAUUAUUUGUUUGACUUUUUAAAAGGAAUUCAAAGCAGUUUAGGACUGAAAAUGAUAGUUACAGCACAUUCAGGAUUGAGAAACUGUCACCAUGAAAGCUGGUCAUAAAUGAUGAUGGGAAGAUGAUAGGAAAUAAAAUGUAAAUACGGUGUUUCUAAACUUUAACUUGAUGUUGAUGGCUUAUAUAUUUCUAAUUAAUUUCCUUAUUGAGUUUUAUUUCUACCCAAAUAUGCUUAUUGUAUUUUCUAAUUAAUAAUGGUGAAGCAAAAAAUCUAUCUGUUUCAUUCUUUAUAUAUAUGUAUAUAUUUCUGAAGGUUGUUGUUGAA